AUGGCUGCGGAGUCAGAAAAGCAACUCCUGCUGGAACCUCUUUCCUGUUCGGACUCUGAGGGCAGCGAAGAUGGGGAGUGGUCCUGCGAAGAUGGCGGUGAGGUGGACACGCGGGAGAGUGGUGACAGACGUUGGGCCAGGAAGAGACUCUUGGUUGCCUUGGUCGUCAGCCUGGUCUUCAUGGUUGUGGAGGUGCUCGGUGGGUACGCCGCACACAGUCUGGCCAUCAUGACGGAUGCGGCACAUCUACUGAGCGACGUGGGUAGUAUCUCCCUGAGCGUCUUCUCUCUCUGGAUUUCAGGUCGCACACCUAGUCACACCUUGACCUUUGGAUGGCAUCGAGCGGAAACUGUCGGAAUGCUGGCGUCUCUCUCGUCCAUCUGGGGGUUGUCGGUGGUCUUGGUCUGGUCGGCCGCUCAGAGACUCUCCAACGGCAACUAUGACAUCGACGCCAAUAUCAUGCUGCUUACUUCAGCCUGCGGUGUGGCCGUCAACAUCAUAAUGGUGCUGGUUCUCUACCAGUCGGGUGUCUCGCACUCCCACAGCCAUACCGCCCCCUCCAGCAGCCUGCAGAAGGACGAGUCGCGUCGCCCUGCUAACACUAGCAUGAAGGCCGCUUGCAUCCACGCGGUGGGAGACCUGAUCCAGAGUGUCGGUGUGCUGAUGGCAGCUGCUAUCAUCCAUUUUUGGCCUGCCUGGAAGGUGGCCGACCCCAUCUGCACGCUACUCUUCUCUCUUGUGGUCAUGUGGACCACCUUUCCCACCGCCAGGGAUGUCUUCAGAGUAUUGAUGGAAGGCACUCCUCCUGGAGUCAGCGUAACCUCCGUGCAGAAUGCCCUACUAUCAAUGCCAGGCGUGUCGUCGCUGCACCGCCUUCACGUGUGGAGCCUGGACAUGACGCACUCGUUGCUUUGUGUUCACAUCACUUCAGAGAAAAAUGCAGAUCCACAUGUCAUCCUCAAGAGGGCCACGAAACUCCUGCGCUCUGAAUUCGGACUAACCUCAGUCACCAUCCAAGUGGAACCCUCCGGAACUUUGCAAAGGAACGUGUGA